AUGUCUUCUCACAAGACCUUCAGCAUUAAGAAAUUCCUGGCCAAAAAACAAAAACAAAAUCAUCCCAUCCCCCAAAAGGUUCAAAUGAAGAUUGGUAAUAAGAUCAGGUAUAACUCCAAGAGGAGACAAUGGAGAAGAACCAAGCUGGGUCUGUGA